AUGUCUGCCAGAGUGCUGCAGAUUGCCAGCCACUUUAAGGUGCACCCAUUUUCAAUUCACUCACCUAAGCCCCUUGACUUCCAUUUUGCACGGGUUCAUUCUUCUAGCUUAUAUUACCUCCAUCAGUUUUGCCCUUCUUCCCCUUGCUCCCGCCCUCAUUCGUUGAACUCGAAUGAAUGCCGGAUAUUGGUCGUUGGACUGUCUAAAUUGAUAAAAUACAAGAAAGGAUUCAUCUUGAAGGCCUUUUCUCUGAAGUUCUCCCCUUACUUCCUAGUAAAGACUAUGAAAUUGUUGGAAUCCCGUGAAGCCGCAUUUGCAUUCUUCAAACUCGCGUUUCAAAAUGAUUCCCAGGAUACAGUUGAGUCCUGUUGCAUUGCAGCCCACGCCUUGGCUGCAGAGAAUUUCAGGUGUCUUGCACAGGACAUUGUGUCAUCGGUAUUUAGGAGAAUUGGAUCUCAGAGGAGUAGAGACUUGGUGGAUUUUAUGUGGGCAAAGCACAGUGAAUAUGAGUCUGAUUUCUCAGUUCUUGACACUAUCAUGCGCAGUUUCUUGAAUGCAAAUAUGGGUUAUGAGGUGCUUGACAUUUUAGGCAGGAUGAGGGAGGCAGGAGUUAGGCCAAGUUCAUCUGCUAUCACUAUUCUGUUGAAGUUUUUGCUAAGAGAUGGUGAUUUCGCUGGUACCUGGAAGUUGUUCAGGGACAUCGUUCGCAUAGGGUAUCAACCUUGUAAUUACAAUUUCAACACUAUGAUUCAUGGGUUUUGUCAGAAGGGACAUGUUAGAGUUGCAGAGAGUUUGUUGCACAUAAUGUGGAGAUUUAGGUGUGAACCAGAUGUCUAUUCCUACAACAUUAUGAUCAAUGCAUGCUGCAUGAGAGCCCAGACUUCAGAGGCACUUUGUUGGUUAGAUUUCAUGAUUCAAAGUGGUUGUAAACCAAGUAUACCUACAUUAAACACUAUAAUUAACGCAUUCUGUAGUAAAGGAAAUGUAGAUGAAGCUAGAAAGAUAUUUGAUGGGAUUGUAGAGUUCGGUCUCUUACCUACUGUCUCAACAUACAAUACAAUGUUGAAUGGAUAUCUGAAGGCAAAGAAAGUCACUCAGGCGAAGAUGCUUUAUGAUGAAAUGAAAAAUAAGUGCAUACCACCAGAUGGUGUGACAUUCAAUACGUUGGUUGCUGGAUAUUAUAGGUAUGGGAGAGGAGAGGAUGCUGACCGCUUGUUGGUAGAUCUAUCUGUAUCAGGGUUGCUUCCACCUGCUUCAUUAUAUGGUAUCUCCAUUGCAGGGCUAUGUUGGGUUGGGCACGUGGACAAAGCAAUGCAACUCUUGAAAGAUAUUCUUGAGAAGGGAGUAUGUCUAAGUAGUGUUGCUUUUAAUUCUGUUAUUGUUGCUUGUAGCCAAUUAGGACAAGAAGAGAAUGCAUAUGAAGCUUAUAGACUAAUGCUCAGUUUUGGUAUAGCUCCUUCUUCUCUUACAUGCAGUUCCUUACUUAUGGGCUUAUCCAAGAGGGGUAGAGUGCAAGAAGCAACAGAACUUCUGCAUAAAAUGAUUGAGAGAGGAUUUCGUAUCAACAGAAAAGCUUUUACGAUUAUCUUGGAUGGGUAUCUCAAGAGAGGGGAUGUAGAUGGGGCUUGCAGUCUAUGGGAUGAAAUGGAAGGGAUGGGUAUGCAUGCUGAUGUUGUUGCCUAUUCAGCUUUCAUUGAUGGUCUUUCGAAAGCAGGCUUGAUGGAGGAGGCAUAUAAUGUAUUCUUGGAAAUGUCGAUGAAAGGAUGCAUCCCCAAUAGUUUUACAUACAACUCCUUGAUCCUUGGGUUUUGCAACUCUGGGAAACUAAGUGAUGCUCUACAGUUGGAGAAAGAGAUGAGGCAACAAGGCCUUCUUCCUGACACAUUUACAAUUAAUAUCAUCAUUCGCGGAUUCUGUAAAGCAGGGAAAAUGAAGAUGGCGGAGGAUGCAUUUGCAGACAUGUUCCGAACUGGUUUAACCCCUCCUGAUAUUGUCACAUACAACACUUUGAUCAGUGGAUAUUGCAAAGCAUUUGAAACGGUUCAUGCAGAUGAGCUCGUGAAGAGAAUGUAUGCUGGGGGGUGGGAACCAGACAUCAACACAUAUAACAUCCGAAUUCAUGGGUUUUGUAAUACUCAAAAAAUGAAUCGAGCUGUGAUCCUGCUGAACGAGUUGAUUACAAUGGGGAUUAUUCCAGACACGGUAACUUACAACACCAUGAUAAAUGGUGUUUGUACAGAUGUUCUGGAUCGUGCGGUAAUCUUGAGUGCCAGACUGCUGAAAAUGGGGUUUGCACCAAAUGUUAUUACCACCAAUAUAUUGUUGUCUCAGUUUUGCAAUCAAGGAAUGCCCGAGAGGACAUUGAUGUGGGUAAAGAAACUGAGUGAGAUUCCGUUUGUUCUGGAUGAAAUUUCUUAUAAGAUUAUGGGGAAAGCUUUCAGUAAUAUCGAAAAUAAAGUUGAACUUGUGAGGGGAACCUAUGAAAAGACCCUCUUUCUGGAUUUCCUCAUGUAUAUCACAUAUGAUUAUUUUUGUAGAACUAGCCGCCAGACUCAGAGGAUUACAGUUGAAGAUCCUCUUAAACUGACUGAACGUGCUUGUGUUGGAUAUUGA